AUGUUAUUUCGUGUAAUAUAUUUUCUUAUAUUUUUUAACAUUUCCUGGUGUCAAUAUGAUUUAAUUAAUGUUUAUCCAGGUACGAGAAUGUCUGUUAAUGAUGAUAUGUUUGUUUCAGCAUCAAAUGCUUUCUAUAAUUUUGCUGUUCUUCUAUAUCCAUUUCGAAAUACUACUGAUGGUGGAUCUAUCUUAUGUAAUAUGAGAUAUAAUACAACUGAUCGUUUUGUUCAUAGCGUUGCUGUAAUAGGUAUUGCUAAAAAUAGUAGUACGAAUUCUGAACAAUUUAUGUUUGUUUUUGCUGCUGAAAAAAUCUCAACAAUGUCUCCGUAUGUUUGUAUUGGUAUUAUUACAAAAUCAACAUGUAGUUAUUCUUAUUCAUGCACAGAUAUGGGUAUAACAGGAUCUCAUCAAGAAUAUUUCUUAAUUGGUGUUGAUACAAAUGGAACUUAUGCAUAUGGAUUUACGAGUUUAUUUGUAUUUAAAUUAGAUAUUUACGCAGAUAAAAUUAUUUUAAAUCUAACAACAGAUUCUGUUUGGCCAUCUCAAGGUUUUAUACCACAUGCAAUGGAUAUGGCUGAUACAUGGGGAGUUGUUGCUGGUUAUGGAUAUGCAGAUGAAAAUAGAAAUAAUUAUGGUACACUUGGAUGUUUAAUUGAUCUUUCAACAUUAAUAAAUGCAUCUUGUAUAUCCGUAACUAAUGAAUCAACAUUUUUAAUUCCAUCCAAUGUUGUUUUAUACAAUGAUUUAUAUGAAUUAUCAGUUGCUAUUCGUGGUAAUAAAAUACUUAUUGGAAUACUUCGUCUUUCAUCAGUUGUUAUUCUUCAUAAUUAUGGAUCAUCAUUACAUAUUAGUCGUAUGCAUAUACUAUCUUUUCUUUCAUCAAAUUCCGUAUGUCGUGUUGUCGAUUGGGCUGAUGAUACAACAAUAGCUCUAUUAGUUCAAGAUCCAUUUGAAACAUCAUGGUCAACAACACAAAUAUUUUUUUAUCGUGAAAAUUCCGUGACACUUACAUCUCCAAUCUUUACAUUUCCUAAUAAUCAACAAAUAAUCGGUAGUCGUUUAUCACGUCCAUCAUUUGCUCGAUUUAGUAUAACUAUAAAAGGUAAUAUGGCUAUACUUACAGAUAAAGCUGAUAUAUUAAUUAUUCCACUUGCAUCUGCUGGUUAUACUUCAAGUUGGAUUUAUAAUAUUGAACGGACUUAUGUUUUUUAUUUUCAACCAAAACUUUGUAUUGGUGGAACUUAUAAAAAUCAUUCAAGUUUAGGUCCGUGUCAAAUUUGUCCGACAAAUACACGAAAUCCUGGUACAUUCUCCUAUGAAAUUACUCAAUGUAUAUCAUGUUCGAACAAUUCUUCAAAUUCAUUUUGUCCACUUGCAUCAUUAGCUGAUAUUACUAAUUUAACUACAAUAUCUUCUUAUAGUCAAGCAGUUGCCUAUCCUGAAACAGCAGAUACAACAGAUAUUGAAGAUAUUCUUUUAAAAAAUAUCUUUCAAAUUGGUAAUGAUCCACAUUGUUUAUUAAUUUCACCUGUUCUUUGGACAAUCAUUGCUAGUGCUUUAUGUUUUCUAUUUAUAUUAUUUAUUGUUACUAUUGAUUUAUGUGGAUAUGAACCAUGUAUAAAAUAUAGUAAAACAAUGAAGAAAAUAUUUAAACAUACUGAUAUUAUUGGUGAAGGUAAAAUGUGGAUUGGUGGUUUAACAACAUUAGCUAUUAUUGUUCUUGUUUCAUUUUCUUAUUGGUUUUCGGCAUCAUUUAUAAGACGAUAUCCAAUUGAGAAUAUAUUUCAAUCAGCUAAAUUUUCAUGUGAUCUAUCAUUAGUUAAUGCACAAUUUUCUACUGGUCUUGUAUUACUUGCUAUUCCAAAAUCUGAAAGUGCACAACCAAUAUUUGAUCUUCUUGAUAAACAAAUAUUUAAUUUAACUGUUGAAUUAAUAAAUACAGGAUUUACAUGUAAUUCAAUAACUGCACAAGAAAAUCUUAUUAGUUCAAAAUAUGUUCCAUUAAUAAUUGAUUGUCAACAAACAAUAAUAACAGCAACAACAUCAGUUACAUUUUCAUUACCAAGACAUUUAACAACUAUACAAAUAAAUAUUAGUGGUCCAUAUUGGAUUGGAGCUAUUCGUUUAUGUAUUCGUGGACAUGGUCAAAUAAGUGGUAGUAAUACAUUACGUGAACUUGAUUUUUGUGAAUUUUAUUCUACACCUAAUCAAGCUAUAAGUCGAUAUACUUAUAUACCAAUUGUAUUUGUUAAAAAUAUAAAUAUGACACAAUCAUUAAAUCCAACAGAUCCAGUUCUGUAUUCAGGUAUAUGGAUGCCGACAUUUACAACUGUACCACUUUCAGAUGAAGAAUAUUAUCUUAAAUUUGGUAAUUAUUUACGUUAUACAUCAUCAGCAACUAUACUUCAAAUUAUGCUUGAUGAACGUCCAUUUUAUAUAAAAAAUAUUCAACAACCUAUUGUUCGAACAGCUGAAUUAAUAUUUCAUAGUUUAUUAUUUACUUCAUUAUGUAUUGAAUUAUUUGCUUUCUCUUUUCUAUUUAUCAAACUUCUUAUUAAACCAAUAUGUCAAUCAAUUGUUUAUUUAUUCAAAAAAAUUUAUCAUCGAAUUUUUCUAUUGAAUGAUUUACAUUCAUCAAAUACAAAUGAUUCAAUUUCAAAAAUACAAACUCAUCUAAAAGGAAGCAUUGAAUCGGGUUCAUUUAUAUAUGAAAAUAAUCAAAGAAAAAAUUCGAAAACUUGUUUAACAUCACAAACUGAACUAAAUUCAAUUGAAACAAUUAGUAAACUUUAA